GAAAUGGGGGACAGUCAGUACUCGUUUUCUCUCACUACGUUCAGCCCAUCUGGGAAGCUUGUUCAGAUAGAGCAUGCUCUUACAGCUGUUGGAUCAGGCCAGACUUCUUUGGGUAUUAAAGAUUGUUUACUCCAGGAAACUUAUCUGCCAUUAACUUUUCUCUUUCGACUGUUUCAGGUUCAAAAGAUUCAGCAUUUGACUCCUAACAUUGGAGUUGUAUACAGUGGCAUGGGUCCUGAUUUCCGAGUUCUUGUUAAGAAGAGUAGGAAGCAGGCUGAGCAAUAUCUCCGACUGUACAAAGAACCUAUCCCAGUUACUCAACUUGUAAGGGAAACCGCUACUGUUAUGCAAGAGUUUACUCAAUCAGGUGGUGUUAGGCCUUUUGGUGUUUCUCUGCUAGUGGCUGGAUAUGACGACAAAGGUCCGCAACUCUAUCAGGUGGAUCCAUCUGGCUCUUAUUUCUCAUGGAAAGCUUCAGCCAUGGGGAAGAACGUUUCUAAUGCAAAAACAUUCCUUGAGAAAAGGUACACAGAAGAUAUGGAACUGGACGAUGCCAUUCACACAGCCAUACUGACCUUGAAAGAAGGCUUUGAGGGAGAGAUCUCAAGCAAAAAUAUUGAGAUUGGCAAAAUCGGUGCUGACAAAGUUUUCAGGGUGCUAACACCAGCAGAGAUCGAUGAUUACCUUGCUGAAGUCGAGUAA